GUCACCGGCGUUGAUAUCGCUCGAGGCCGGAGCCCGAGCAGCGGGAGUGGACGCAGAGGGUGGGCACGGAGUACAGGGCCGCGGCCGGGAGCCUGGCCAGGUCGCACGCACCAUGCCCUACCUGCUCAUCAGUGCCCGGAACCGCAUGGAGGUGGGUCCUACCACAGUGGGUGAUGAAUACUCGGAUCAAGAACUGAUGCAUUAUCUUGGGGCCUCAAAGAGAAACGUCCCGGGAAACAAUUUUAGCGAGUACUACGUCAAUGACCCGCCUCGCACAGUCCUGAACAAACUGGAAAACAGGGGCUUCCGGCUGCUGAGCAUGACGGGGGUGGGCCAGACGCUGGUGUGGUGCAUGCAUAAAGAGUGACCCCUUCCACAGGAGCCGGCAGGCACCCCUUCUUUAGAGUGGUGAUCCCGGGCCCCUUACCCCGAGCCCCUGACUCACAGCCCUCCACCUCUGCUCCCGGACCAGCGUUUUCCUCAACCUGGCAUCACUGGGCACUGACUGACUGAUCUCUGAUACCAGUGGGGGAGCUCCCCACAGCACUCCUAGUGCCAGGUCUGGCCUGGGGGUCCUGGAGAAGCCAUGUUUUGGGGCCAGGCUGAGGGCUGGCAAGAGCCAGGCUAUACCUGGCCAGGAGCUGGGCCCUGAGGAACACGACUUAGGGUUGGGCGAAUGGGCAGGCGGGUCCUGGGUGGCUGGUCCAAGCUAAUAAAAGGCUGUGAUGAGUGGUUGCACUCUG